AUGCCUUCGGUCCUGGCAAAACUUCGGGAGACCGGACGCGUCCUUGUGUGUCAGGGAGAGGAAAGUCACUCUAGCCACAUAUGUUUCUCCCGAUGGCAACAGAUAGCGUUAUUCCGACGCUUUCCAGAUGUAACGGAGCCACUCGUUCUCCGUCCCCCAGUAGGCUCUGAAGUCUAUGGCGAACCGGGGGUAAGGUUUCGAGCUCUGUUUAAUCCUGAUGGGGAUCCUCGUCGUCGGCGCCGUCUGUUGUGCCACUGUAUGCUAUCAGUCCUAUUGGCGCUGAUCGCGGUCACGGUGCUUUUGUUCAUCAUGUUUAUGGUUGGUUUGGGUCCUUUGUUCCCUGCCUCGUCUCAAUCACCGGUCGCCACUGCUUAUCGCAGCCAGUCUGCGUACUCCACUUGUAGCGUGCUGAUUCCAGUGUUGCGGGUACGUAUGACUGAGGUGAUUUCGCCCAUGGAUAAUAUGUUCAAUGUAACACUAAUGGGUGAUAGCACGUCGCCGGGGAUGCAGACAGUGAAAAUAUUGCACCUAUGCAAAGACGGUCUGACUGUUAUUCGGGACAAUGAGCGCUGUUACAUUCGUCCAAUGAGGCAAGGUUGGCGCCGAUUGUGUUCGGACAGUCACAUGCAACGAGUGCGGCUUGGUGCUCUAUUUCGCCCGUCGAUUGAGGCCCGUUUGAAUGAUGAGCGGUGGUUUAUCGAUGAGUCCCCAUCCGUUCCCAACGUGAUCAACAACUCGUACAUUAUGGCUUGGUGUGAAGGCGUUCCGGCGUUCCGAUUGGUUUCCAAUCCUCCGGCUGACGGAUAUACAAUCUAUCCAUCGAGCGAGUCCAUGCCCACAUUCGUUGCUCCGCCCUCACCGGAGGAUCCCGACAGCGCCGAGGUGCUCGAUGAAUUCUUGCAUCCAAGUUCAACUCCUGAGCAGCAUCCGGAUGCAUUGCUUGAUAACGUCGGAGCCCCGUUCAUUCGGCGCACACGUCACUUGGAUUUGAGUGAGGCGUUGGGCGUUAAACCUAACGAGCUGCCUAUUUCUCUUAAUUCCAGACCCUUGACGGAACAACCAAGUCGCCGCCGCCCACGUCAUGUUGCACCUAUCGCUCCCAGGAAAUGUCGGGAAGUCGCCACAGUUCUUGAGGACGCAACCGUAUCAUUAGAAGACGAGCCGGGGAUUUCCUUUGUCGCCCGCGAUCAAAUAAUCCAAUGUGGCGCUUAAUUCCAAUCUAUUCGAUGCCCACUGUUUGCUACAUAUGACUACGAAUUCCGUACACAAUCAUAUAUCCAUGCGUCAUUUCCUCUUAUAUUCUACACAAUCCGUUCCAACACAUCAGAUUUUCUGCUCGGUUACAUUUUGAUCCCGCUUGAACGAACAUAUAUAUAUAUAUAUAUGUUUGUCCGACAAUUUAGCCGCAUACAUUAGUAGGUUCAUUGUUUUUUUCCAGGUGUGCAUUUUUUCAUUCUGCUCUCACAUUCUUAUUAUUCCUCGUGUAUUUCAACCCUCACUUUUGUUUUACCGCUUGAUUAUAUGCUCCUUAAGCGUUGAAUGGUAGUUUGAAAUUGACCUUGGGAUCAUUAUCAGAUGUUGUACGGUG